AACCUCAUUGAUUGGGCCUUUAGUCGAGCGGUUCAGCAGUCUCGCGCCAUAGGCAGCAGCAUGGAUGAGGUAAGGGUGUCUGAUGUUGAGGUCUGUAACCUGGCUUAUGGGGGCCAACUGGAGGAGUUGAAAAGUCUUAUCCUAGCCGACAAGUCGCUGGCCACAAAGACAGAUCAGGAUGACAGGACUGUUCUGCACUGGGCAUGUUCAGCAGGGUGCAAAGAGAUUGCAGAAUACUUACUGAAAUUAGGUGUGCCUGUUGAUGCCAAAGAUGAUGCAGGAUGGACUCCUUUACACAUUGCAGCUUCCGCUGGUCGGGAUGAUAUUGUGAGAGCGCUCAUUGGAAAAGGGGCCCAGGUGAAUGCAGAAAAUCAAAUUGGCUGUACUCCAUUACACUAUGCAGCAUCCAAAAAUAAACAUGAGAUUGCUUUAAUGCUGCUUGAAAAUGGAGCCUCUCCUGAUGCAAAGGAUAAUUUGGAGUCAACUCCACUGCACCGUGCGGCUUCCAAAGGCAACCUAAGAAUCAUUCAGAUCCUUCUAAAGCACCAAGCAUCAACUAAUAUUCAGGAUACGGAAGGGAACACACCGCUCCACCUUGCCUGCGACGAGGAGAGAGUAGAAGAAGCCAAGUGUUUGGUUGAACAUGGAGCAAGUAUUUAUAUUGAAAACAAGGAAGAGAAAACACCAUUACAAGUUGCAAGGGGGGGAUUAGGAUCUUUGUUGAGGAGAAUCGUAGAAGGGUAGUUUUUUUCAUUCGUUUUUUGUGCAUCCGCCAUCUUGCUUUCUCCCAGAACAAGUAGCACCCGUUAUGCCUUGUAGAAGUGGCGGCCUUUACAAAAGUUUACAAAAGUUAAACCAUGGUUGCAAAGUUCUCGAAUAAAGUUAGUUGCCAGAUCACUCAUGUAAUAUCCAAAGCAUAACCCAAACAAUGAUCUAAAACAAGCCAAGAGAUGCACUACUUUAAUUUACAUACUGUAAAAGCUGUUUGUUAUUAAAGGUCUAUGGAA